AUGCGGGCGGGGCCCAGGAGUUCGCCGGAGUCCCCUGCGGGCGGCGUGCCCCGGGCCCGAGGGUCCAGGGUCCGCGACACGCCCCCCAGCCGAAACCAGGCAGUCCGCUCCCACGAAGCCGAGCCAGUAGCCGGUCCGCCCGGCCCGCCUACCACUGGCACGUCGCCCGCACGCCCGAAGCGUCAGCUCCUCCCUGUCGUUCUCCUCGGCGAACUGCAGGUUCAGCCCUUCCAGUCUUCCGGCCCGGCCCAUCCGAUCCCCUUGGCCGCAAGGAGCACUCAGCGUCGCCGAGAGCCGGCCGACGCGCGCACGGUCGCCGCAGCCGAAGCGGCGCCGCGGACUCGCCGACCGCCGGAGCCCACGCAGUCGCCGCGGCCCGACCUCGGCUCGCCGAGGCCCGACGCACGCACAGUCGCGAGCGCCCAGCAGGACCCGCGCGCCCCGCCCGAGGGACCCGGCCGUCCACGGCGCCGAGCGGCCACGGGUCGCCCACGAGCCUGCGAGACCUGGCGUGCCCACGAGCCGCGCCGCCCACGGCCCGGGACGUCGCGGAUGGCAGAGGAAGACCCCGGAGCGCCUUGCCGCGCGCGCUCCUCCCUCGUUCUCCUACCCGUGGCAAGUCCAAUGCGGCCCUGA